ACUUAAAGUAAAUUCUUGGGCAGUGAGGUUGAGGGACAGAGACACCUCAGUCAGCAGCCCUGCCUGAGGGGGUUCCCAGGGCUACCGGCACCCUGAGGAUCUAGAAUCUGGUAUAUCACCCAGCCUAGUGUGCUGGCGAGGGUUACAUUUGGGGGCUUAUCCAGGAUCCUUAGGGUGUGGAUGCUCCUCUCCAACACCCAGUGACUCCAAGGGGCAGGAAGUCAGCCGGGGUUAGAUCACCCCAGAAAGAUAAACAUCCAGGCAUUUCUUAAAGGUAUCCAGAGUAGGCGCUUGUACCACUUCUGGGGGGAGUCUAUUCCAGACUCUGGUGACUCAGACACUAAAGAAGUUUUUUUUAUGAACUCUUGACUCUUUAUAUAAUUCAUUACUAACAUCCUUUCAUUGCAUAAGGAUUAGCUUUGAAAAAGAAACCAGGAUUGGGAAUAAGAAACCAACGUCAGCCACAUAUACACCCAACAGGAAGUACAGAAUUUAAUCUUCUGCUGUAGUCUGCUCUGUUCAGACAUCAGCGCUCAUCUGACCUCCCCUUCUGUCAUGAUCCAGUGGAAACAGGCAUCUGGUUCUGACUACACUACAUGGAAAGGGACAGGGACUCAGAGUUUCAUUACAUCUACUUGUGAGUCAUCAUGAGUGGUCUUGAUAAGCCCCAUUCUCCCAGGACACCCAGCACAUCCAGUAAUAAGGGCAGCAAGACCUCCACUGAGCCCACAGAUCCAGAGAAUCUGUCUUCUGCCCUGCUCAGCCUAAAGACUGAAAGGCCAUCUAGCCCCUCCACAGAAAAUCAAAACUGUAAUGGUAUAAGAACCCCUAAAUUGCAUACCCAGGGUUUGGUACGCUUCACAAUUGAUGCAAAAGGUGUGAAGCAUGUAAUAGAAGGUGAAGCAGAUGAAAGUAUAUCCCGUGCCAUGAGGAAAUGGGAAGAUAAUUCAGGUCUGAUGCUGACAAAGAAAAACAAGGAUAUAUGGCUGCUGGGGCAAGAUAUGAUUGAAGGGUUUGUGAAUUUGGGAAUGCCCCUCAAGUGCCUCCCUCAAGAGUCUGAGCCCCACUUUACAGUGAACUAUUAUAAAGUGACGGGAAAUCAACAAGAUGGACAGCAGGGAUACCGUCAGUAUGACAGCACAGGGACUGAAUGUGUCAUAUUUUAUAUCAAGUCUUGUGGAAGGCAAGGAGGGAACGCUGGUACUCAACCUAGGAAGAUACUUUUAUGCCAAAACAUUGUAAAGUCACGUGCCAAUGUCUGUAUCUUUGCCCCAAAAGGGGAGACCAUUAAGGAAGCUCUAUGCGAGGAUGGACGAUUUCUCCCCAUCCUGAAGGAAGGACAAUGGAAACUGGUGGAUGACAAUAAUGUGGUUUCACUUAAUAACUAUUAUGUUGAUAGAAUUGCCAAUAAGAUUUAUACAGUGGAGUUUUGUAACAAUGUAUGUAACAUCACCACUGGCCCAUCAAGGAGUGAGGAGCUUGCCACAGCCUCUCCUGGACAGCACGACCAAGCCAGUCAUUCUGUUAAACAGUCUGAGUUGGAUCCUAAGUUGAAGGAGCAAAAGAAAUGGAUUGAAUACUUCUUUGAGAAGGAAGUGGAAGAGCGCACAAUGAAACGAAAGAAAAAAGUGACCCUUAAAACUGUGUUAGAACUACAUAGAAAGCAGUUUAGUAAGACAACAAAGAACUCUACUCCAGUCCGUGUGCAUAAACUUUUGGCUGAGCGCAGUGCAUCAGUGGGGUAUAUAAAGUGGAACUACCAUGGAAUGGCGAGUUCUGGCACUUGUUUUGCUUUACAUGAGGGGUACAUCCUCACAUGCUAUCAUAUAUUCAGUGAGCAGCUAGGACAAGGAUUUGAGCAGUACUGGGCAGAACUUAGUCAAUUUGUCAGGAUUAAGUUUUCUUAUGAAGAUCAGCAAAUAAAAGAUGACUGGUUUUUUGUUGAGCCAUGCUUGGAAAUGGUAGAGAACACUCUGGAUUAUGUUGUCGUGAAACUGAAAAAAGAAAAUGCUGAAUUCCCAGGUGGAUUGGCACAACAUUAUUCUCCCCCACCCCCUUUUGGCCUGAUCUAUAUUAUUGGCCAUCCAGAUGGAAAAGAGAAAUCCACAGAUGGCUGCUCUAUAAUAACUCCACUAGAGCGGGGCUGGAGGUGCAUUGAACGCUUGCAGGAAAAGCGCAAAGAGGACUGCAGUCCCACCACUUGUGGUCCAUACCAUGACAGUUGCAUCCAUAUAUUCACCCCAAGGAGUUUCCAGGAAGUGGUUUCCGAUAAGAAUAAAGUCACAUAUGACACUAGCUUCUUCUUCGGCUCUUCUGGUUCACCUGUGUUCAGUGCAUCCGGGCAACUGAUUGCCAUGCAUGCUGGUGGCUAUGUGUACAAUUACCAUGCACAAGAGCACAGCAUUAUUGAGUGGGGCUAUUCCAUGGAGGCCAUUUUUAAAGACUUAGAAAAUAAGGUUCCAGGGUGGUUUGAGUCUAGAGAGUUUAUGAGAGGUUCAGAAGGUCCUACUGGUGGCAAUGAGGCAGAUGUGAGGAAGUUGCCAGCUGAUGUGAUAAUGGAAAGUGACAGUGGCUCAGAAUAAAACUCAUCAGGAUCUCUAAUAGUUGGUCACUGAAUCCCUGUGAUGCUUUUUCUACUGCCAGUUCCCACUAAUGUCACCACUGGGCUAUUUGCCAGAAUUCUUUUAUCUCUGCUUCUUUCAGCCUUCAUUAUCCAGCAGAAUUGAAUUCUGUUAUUGUCCACUACUCAAAACCUGUUCAGCUUCUUUGGGCUCAUUGGAUCCAUGCAAGUGAUCACUGCAUUCAUACCCCCUGGGAGGUGGUGCUGGGAGGAGAAGAGCAAUGUCAUCCUGGAGCACCUUAGUUGUUUGGCUGUCUAGCAAGCAUCUGCACUGUCCUUACUUCAAAAUAAUUGUAACUGAGUUUCAGAAUAAUUGUAAUUGAGCAAUCCCAGGCAAUAAAAUGCCAUGUUUUAUCUUGGACAGACAAACCUGGCUUUCUGAGGCUGUUUUUUCUAAUGAUGAAGUAACAAAGGAUCAAGAGAGAAAAUGCUAAACCACAUGCUGAAUCCAGAACUGUGCAGCUUUGAUGUUCUGUUUGUUUUUUUUAAAUUAGGUAACAUACAUUUUUAAAUCUUAACCUUUUUAAGGCUUGGUCCCAAGCACUAGCACAUCAUGGAGUAAGACCUUGGUUACACCCUUUGCUCCAGUCUAAAUGUUGUCACGUGGGGCCAGGACAACUCUCAGGAUCUCAGAAUCGCACUGUUAGAUGGGAGAGUGUGACACAAUUGCA